AGAGAGAUUUGUUCUUUAUAUUGUCCACAAUAAGCAGUUCAAAUCAGAUAGAUUCUUCUUUUGUGUUCAAUGCGGCUAAUUAAUGUACUAAAGUAUUACAUUUUCAUCAUGAAAGUUGAAGCAAAUUAGUAUUUAGUGUGUAGUUUCCUCUGACACCUUCAACCAGUUGGAUGUUUGGAGAAAAGGUCAGGAAAACCUAUAUCAUGCCCAUUUGGGUUAUCUUUAUAUUGGGAUUUAAAUUUGUUAACUCCGACCAUCCAUGCUACGAUUAUAAUGGGAUUACUGAAUAUGAAGUAGAAGCUGUAAUAAAGGAGUGGCCUGUCCAUCUGAAUUUGGCCAGCGUUAAUAGAACCCACAAGUGUUAUGUGGCCUGUAUUUUCUAUUAUUACAAUCUUGUAGGUACCUCUGGGAAAAUUACCCUAGACGAAUACUUUGAUUCUGGCAUUAUUGAUGAAUACGCGUUUGCGCCUACAUUGAACCGAUGCCGCUAUGAGUACAGAGAGGAGAAGGAUUUUUGUGAGCAUACUUUCGGCAUUUUCCACUGUUUCAGGCAGGAAAGACUACAUAAGAAUAACUAACUAGCAGUAAAAAUUCCGAUUAACAGGACAUCUGUAUCUCUAAAAAUGAAUGAAAGUGAUUCUUCCCUUCUUUCUAUAUGCUUUGUAUGUAGUUUUUUAAUUAAUUAAUUCAUUUUUAUGAAUUGUGUCUAUUUUAAUUUAAUUUUUGAAAAUAUA